UUUUUGAUUGGUUGUUUGCAAAUUGUUUCGAAAUUACGGCGCGAGCAAGAUAAAAAAAGUGAAAUAAGGGAUCCUAAAACAGAUCGCUAGGAGAAUAUUUGUGAUAUUAUAAGCCUAUUAAGCAGCUAUAAAAAUGCCUAGAAGAAGGAAAACAAAGUUGGCCUCUCGAGCAAAGCCACUGCUUCCCGACGAUGGGGAAUCAAAUAUGGAGGAGGAGGCAAGGGAACAGAAGCUUAGAGUUUAUCUUGAAGGUUUUGACAUUGAAGUUGAGCAACGGGUGCGUGAAAUGAAUGCCAUGUUUGACAGAAUGUGCAAGAACAUCAGGUCAGCUACCUCCUUGUUUUUGAUGAAGAUGCCAAAGGAAACUAAAAACAUGAAAUUGAUGGAUUAUUUUGCUCAAGAUGGCUUGGCUCCUGCUGUGAAGGUCAUAGAGCAGAUCUCUAAGAAUGUUGAUGAGAUGAUCAACCUGCCCAAGGCUGUCACUGAUGCCAUAUCAUCAUCAGAAUCUGAAGAUACCGCUGCAACAUCCACGGGUGAAUCAGAUACUAGUGAGGUAGAUGAAAAGCCAAAGAGGUCGACAAGGUCAACAAGAAAAGCUCCUGCAACACGUAAGAAAGCCAAAGCAACUACUGCAAAGAGGACGUCAGCAAGGAAGAGGACAAGGGCAGCCUUGCAGGAGACUCCUCUUACAAGCAACAAUGCACAAUCUGCAUUGCAGACACCAGCCAAUACUAUGUCUCUGUCAUCGAUCAACACUCCUUUCAUUACACCCAAAUUUGACCCAAGUUCCAAGAUGACCCCUGCUACAGUACGUCGAGCUAAGAAGGGAGAGCUCUUGGUGUCUCUCUCUGGAAGCCCUGUUGAAGCUAGGAACUCCCCCAAGGAUCCUGCUCAGUCAGUUGAGAGGCUCAAGGAAAACAUUGAGAAUCUAUUCACCCAGGAUGAUGUUGACAAGAAAAAUAUCCUAAUGCUUCAAGAAACGCUGAGCAGAUUUCUAAAGGACAAGGACUCUUCAUGAAAAGAUAUUGGAGCUUUAGCACCCUGAAGUAUCCUUCACACGACCGGGAGCAUUCCAUAGAACCAAUGGUUGGUGAUUUUCACUGACUGUUGUUAUAAGCUACUGAAAAUCCCUGCAUCUGAUUGGCUGAGAGCAAAUUUGUCACUGAAAAUCAUUGACAAAGCUUUUCACGAAGCACACCCCUGUACCUUGAAGACUGCAAUAUCGAUUACUUCAUCCUGAAACCUGUACACCAGACAACACUCGCUUUGCAUUAUUUCUGCAAGAUAUGAAGAUAAUGUCAUCAGACAGUGACAAUGAACUUUGUGUGAUUAGAAGCUAUGGGAGUUUGUGAUGUAUCUUGAAUUUGUAAAGAAUUCAAGUUUUAAUAUCUUUCAGACAAGAAAUAUACCUUGGGCCUGUUGCAUAAAACUUUUUACCUGAGAAAACUCUGGUAAAAACUGAAAACUAAGGUUAGUCUGAUUUCAGCCCUUGACUUUAACACAGGGCAAAAACUCCGGUAAAAACAACCUGAGUUUUCUCAGGUAAAAAGCUUUAUGCAACGGGCCCCUUGAAAUGCUAAAAAAAGAACCUCGGACGUUAUCCCCAUUUCCCCAAUCCAACUCACGAGGGUCCCAGUGAAAUUGUUAAUAAAGUGUCACCCCCAUCCCAUCUUUCAUUCCCCCUCUCAACAUCAGUAAACCUUAGCUGUAAAAAGGGGGAUAUCUGAACAAUACUUGAAAAUGUUUGGCAAUAAUUCAUUGGAGACAAUAUAUCUCCAUACUGUGGUUCCUAGAGCUUUGGAUGAUCAUUCACUUGCAGGAUAGAACCAAAUGACACAAGAUCAUACAGACUUUUAUACUAAUUGGGUUG